AUGGGGAGGUCACCAUGCUGUGAGAAGAUGGGUUUGAAAAAAGGACCAUGGACUCCUGAGGAAGACCAGAAGCUCUUGACUUACAUCGAACACCAUGGCCAUGGAAGCUGGCGUGCCUUGCCGCCAAAAGCAGGGCUCCAAAGAUGUGGGAAGAGCUGUCGUCUGAGGUGGACCAAUUACCUGAGGCCCGACAUCAAAAGAGGGAAGUUUAGUUUGCAAGAAGAUCAGAGUAUCAUUCAGCUCCAUGCUCUUAUCGGAAACAGGUGGUCGGCUAUAGCAACUCAUUUGCCUAAGAGGACGGACAAUGAGAUCAAGAACUACUGGAACACACAUCUCAAGAAGAGACUAACCAAGCUGGGCAUCGAUCCCAUGACCCACAAGCCGAGGCACCACCACGGCUCCGGCAGCGGCCACGCUAAGGACGCUGCCAACAUAAGCCACAUGGCUCAGUGGGAGAGCGCCCGCCUUGAAGCCGAAGCCAGGCUCGUUAGAGAAUCCAAGCUGCAGGUCAUCUCCACCACCAACCCCAACCACCUCCUGAUCAGCAGCUCCUCCGACGCAACCCAUCAAGGACAUGUCAUCAACAAAGCUCCGCCGGGUCUGCCGUGUUUGGAUGUGCUCAGAGCAUGGCAAGGAACAUGGUCGACAAAGCCCACGGUUAGAAACGUUAACAGCACAAUUAUUUCGGGUGGUUCUAUGAUGUCCAUGGACGACCUCGAGUCUCCAACAUCCACCUUGAACUUCCCACAUAUUAACGCACUUAAUCCUCCAAUGCAAAAUGCCGUUAACAUUAACGGGCUCAACGAAAAUCCUGUGGUUCCAUCCGAGGUAUUGCAGGACAAUGUUAAUGUUACAUUUGGUUGUAUGGAUGCUUGUGCUGCUACACUUGCGUGGUUUGUGGAGGAGGGUACGUUUAGCUCAGGGAAUGAUGAGGAGGUCGGGAAUGUGAUAAUGCCAGCUGGAGUUUCAAAUAUCAUGAUGGAGGACUUCACUGAUGUUUUGGUUUACAACUCGUCGCUGGCCGGAGAGAUCUCUGAUAACGGCGGCAGCCACUUUGAGGAGAACAGGAGCUACUGGGACAGUAUACUCAAUUUGGUGAACGCUUCACCGUCUGGGUCGCCUGUGUUUUGA